UCGAAUUUUUUAUUUAUCGAAUCGUAAAAUUCACCUGAAAUAGGCUAAAGAUGUUGAAAGAAUGGUUAAAGGGCUCUCCUGUUGAGGCAGAGAAAACAGAGGCGCCUAAGAAAUCUGCACGUAUGGUCUUGGAUGCAGAACAGACAUUGGAUACUGAAGACUCAGCGCAAGCGCGUCGUGAGCUAUUCGAAAAAAAGCUGGCUGAUUCAUUAAAAGAGGGUCCACCAAUGCCUAACAAGGUGGUCACCUACGAGAACCUCUCUCAAAAGAUUCAGAGCAUUCUGAAGGGCAACGAAUUUCAGGAGGGCCUCAAUCUGAACGUCAGCCGCAACUUGCAGAACACCUUAAUUGCCACCAAAUGGUGCCUUGUUAACCCGAACAUGUCGAAUUGGGAGAUUAACCUUCAGAUGAAUGGCUUUUCGGAUGUCAUAGGGGCCUCGUGGAAUACGCUAAACCGGUAUCAGCUUAUGUAUCAGCGGUACACCAGGACGGGCGCGAUGUGGGUAGCGCAGUUCAUGGCUCAGAAGCAGCAGGGCCUCUGCCGGGGCACCGUCUUUACGAUGCUGCAGUACCCCUGGCUCCCUGGCGGUUGCUCGCAGUUCCAGUACGUCAAGGAUCAGUCCUUCACGAUGAGUCACGUCCAACGCAUCAUCCGAGGCCUGUACCUGGGCAGCUGCCUGAAUGUAGACCCCAACACGCACGCCUCCGCGCUCUCUCACGCCGUGUCCUUCACGACACCGAAGAAGAAUGCGUCCUUCAUCGCGGAGUGGACUCCGAGCAAGGGCACGUGGAGUCUGGCGGCUUCGUCCUUUGAUUGGGGCCAAAACAUGGAUGCUGCUAUCGAAGUCGAAUACAAGGAGGGUCGUGAGGGCAUGGCUACCUCCUUCAACAUCGGCUGCCGCAAAAAUUUCUUGACUGGAACCAAGCUGAUCGCCUCGCUGAGAGGAUUUAACAAGCUCAGGGUUGAUUUAGAGCUUCCCUUUGGUGGAGAUAUGCGCGGUAUGAACCAGUUCCACAUGAUGUUCAACUGCCAAUACGAUAUCCACAGUGGGGCAGUCAGGCAGGGGUUGAUUUUCACGGCGUAAUAGUAAUAACAAAGACCAAUAAAAAACCCAUCUUAUCAACGAUGUGUUGAUUUGGAGAUUGUUUAGUUUUUACUAGGCUUAUAAUUUAACAUUUUCCUAAAUCAUUCUUGAUAUCGUUUACAAAAAAAAA